GGAUGGUAUAGAUACUAUUAUGUCGUAUUUUCUUCGAGAACUCGUCCCCCGUGACUGCUCGCCUUCCACAUCAAGUGCACCAUCGCCGUCUCAGUUGAUAUCGGAACAGUAUGGACAACUCAUCAAGAAGUAUUAUCCGAUACGAACAAAGGGCUGUAUUCUCAGAGUACCUCAGUCUAAAGAGACCGAGGAUUCUCAGUCCGAGAUUGGCCAGCUUCCACAACUUUCGUCCGAGCUGUGUGCUGCAUUACAUGUUGUCGGACCACCUUCUUCAUUUGCGACCAUUGCAAUCGCAAAGACAUUGCUGGCAAAAUAUGGUGAUUUGCUGGAAAAGAAGGAGACGGUGGACAGCGUCGACGAGUCGCAUCAUGUAGACAACGGCCGUGAUAGGGACGAAAGAAGUGAUAACACCAAGACUGAUCAACUAGUAUGCGUUGGUAUGUCCUGUGUGUUCGACAUCUUACGACAGUUGAGCCGUAGAGAUCCAGAGCUAUGCGUACAAGCUUUGAACUCACUCAUGGCUUUAUUGCAGAACCUGCCAGUAGAUAGCUUACGUAGCGAACCGAAGCCCUCUGUAGAAUCGAUGAUGAAAGUGCUGCGAAAUCUGAGGGAAGAGGGACCUCCAUCGGUAUGUUCUCGUGCCUCCAGCUGUCUGGCUGCUUUAGCUGUCUGUAGCGGUUUACCCGACCAUCUCAUGGAAGCUGUCGAUGCCCUUAUUUGUACACAGCGAAAUGAACCUCAGAGCACAGACUCAUCUUACGAUGACCUCCAAGUACCAGGCAACUUACAUAGACUUAGCGUUAAAAUUCAAAAUAAAGCACACAAAGGAGUUGAAACCGGAAGCAGUUCUUGGUCUGAACGUCCAUUAGACGAACACAGGGUGCUGUGUAGCUUUGAUUUACCAACGUUACCUAACGACUCACCUUGUGAAACACCUGACGAUGACAUGAGGCUUCAAGGCUCGAUAGCCUGCGACGGGAUGUACGUCUACGUACUCAAUUACGUUGGCUUUUACAAGAUAGGAUCGGGUCUGCAAGAGACUGUGCUGGGAAAGUUAUAUGCUGCCAAUGGUUCCAUCAAAGCGACAAGGAAUUGUUUGCUCACUUUUUGCAACGGAUCCUUAUACUUACGUAGAGGGCAAUCAUCAUGUAUAUCCGUAAUCGAUACCGACUCGCUGAGGGACAUCGGAGAAGUUAUCUUACCAACAGAUUGCGUACAAACAGCAUUAUUUUCGGAUGGGUCAUCAUUUUAUCACGCUUCUGUUACCUCACAAUCGACGCUGCAUUUGAUACCUCUGAAUGACUCGUUCGUACCUAUAGCCGAAGCAAAAUCUCGUCAUUCCGUGCGUCUCACUGAUGUUUCAUUCUGCUGUGUGGGAGAUACAAAAGCUAUGCCUUAUCAACUUCCGCUCACAAUACCAAAGUACUUACACAAUCAAGCUGCUGAUCUACAUCUUGGAAAAGAUAUCGCUUUCUUACAAUCGCGUGCUGGGAAAAUUUACUAUGCUGGAAAUGGAAUCAGAUAUGGAUUGCAGGAAACCGGUACAACAUGGAUGGAGCUGGUAUUGCCAGAAAGUAUAGUACAAAUGUCAGUAGGCAUCGAAUAUGUUCUAUUUCGUGCGGGUAGUGGUCAUGCAUGGAUCGCUGGGGGUGAUGAUGGACGAAGGGCUGGCAAGUUGAGGCGACUGACGACUGUAAAUAGGCGUAAAACUUUAUCAAUCAGUAGUGCAGCCUCGAGCUAUGCUUACGUCACUGAUAAUGGACGGGUAUAUGUAGGGGGACGACAUGGUAUGAGUGUUUACCCCGAAACUGGGCAAGUCUUAGGGUUAGAUGGGACGCAUAUGGCAUCAAUAGCUCUUGGGAAAACUCACGCUGUAGCGAUUUCAAAGCAAGGAUAUGUAUAUACUUGGGGUUUGAACAAUCUCAACCAGUGUGGACGAACUGAGCAAGCACCAACAACACUAACGCCUUCACCUCGGAGACGCGGUUCGGUUGUUGCUUGUGAACCUUCAGAACAUCUAUUUGUCAAGGAUAUUCCAUCAUAUUGUGCGCAGUGCGGUCUCUGUUCCGCUCGUGGUGCCGCUUGUCCGUUACCAGCUUUUACGAGGAAAACUGGAACAUGCACUUGUGGACCGGGUGAUACCACCUGCUUGAGGUGUGGUUUAUGCCGUGCUUGUGGUGAAUCUUCUCAGCAGCAGCCAAGGCCAUCCAGUGACACGCCAACCAGAACUCAUCUUGCUCCAGCUCGAGUGACGAUAGUCAAAAAUCAGGUGAACGUGAAGGUCUCAUCGGUUAGUUGCGGAAAUUUUCACACGAUUUUGUUGGCUGCUGAUGGAAGUGUAUUCGCCUUUGGAUCGAACUGCCAUGGGCAACUGGGUACAGGAGACGUUAGAAGUAAAACAGAACCUCAACUAGUUGUACUACCAGCUGAUGUGCAAGUCGUACAAGUAGCCGCUGGGGCUAAUCAUACCGUACUGCGGACGUCUUUAGGAGCAGUAUUCACUUUUGGAGCGCAUAAGAUGGGACAAUUACUCAGGCCGGCGGAAGAUGAGAGCCAUUGGCACGCAACUCCAGGCCGAGUGCCAGGAUUUGGCCCGGGAUGUGAAUCAUUCGCUACUUGGAUAGGAGCUGUAGGGGAUGCUACUCUCAUUCAUAGCCAUACAUCACUGCUGCACUCUGAUGAUGUGAUAGACGCCCAGCUGGUGGCUAGUAAGUAUGAUCUCUUCAUCUUCCCACGUCAAGUUGGUAAGGAAUAUGUCGCCAUCCGCAGGAAAAAUGGAUAUUUUGCACAUCAUCAGCUUGGUCCCUCUGGUUUGUACACAAGUUGGUGCUUGGAAUCUCAAUAUGACAUCUUAUGGUCGUACAAUGCUGCUGAAAUGCGAGUACAAGCUUACUCUGUACAUUUAGCCACUCCAAAAGAGAUACAUUCCGAUCGCAUGGAUUCGCUUGCUUUUCUACGAUCACCAGAAUGGGCUGUGCCUCUAGAAAGUCCUACACAUUGCUCUUCUACCCAGUUGGGCAUCUCAUUGCUCAGCUGUACAUAUGCUGCUGCUACAAUAACAAAGGGAAAAAUGUGGAACGAGAAGGAUUUUCUGAACUCACCUGAUCAUGCAGCCUCACCAUCUGGCGGACGAUCAGUUGUUUGUCGAUUUGAAUCAACAGGAGGAGGUUGGGGUUACUCUGCCCAUUCGAUAGAAGCUAUACAGGUGAAAGCAAGCAAAGACAUACGACUGCUAGGCAUUGGCUUAUAUGGAGGACGUGGCGAGUAUAUUGCAAAGAUAAAGCUCUUUCGUCUUCCAAGUGACGUCUCAGAUGAGCAGUGUGCUGAACUUCUGUCAGAGUCCGAUGAGACCUUGUACGACUGCGGCCAAAGAGAAACUGCUGCACUAAUGUUGGCUCAACCUGUAUUGGUGAAAGCGAAUCACUGGCAUGUUGUCAGCGCCAAAAUCAGUGGUCCCUCAUCUGACUGUGGAGCUACGGGUCGUCGUGUUGUGGAAUGCGAUGACGUGGUCUUCACGUUUCGAAACUCCGCCAUAUCUAACAACGGAACCGAUGUGAAUGUUGGACAAAUCCCAGAAUUAUACUAUCAGGUAGUGUCAUCUUCUGGUGAAGGAGCAUCAAGUGAUGAUGAAAAGCCGGAUGAUUACGCGAGCUCGAGGCUGUUCUCAUCCACAUCCAUGGAUACAGUAUCACCAUGCGCCUUUCUGGCACUUCUUCGGGUUCUGGACUGGUCUCUUUCUCGCGUCUUUGAAUUCCAUUGCGAAGGAGAUCAGCGAUUAUGGAAUACAGAACGAGCAGCUGCGACAUCAUUGAUAGUCAUGCGGAUACUGAGCAGAUACGUUCUUCUUGUUUACGAUAACAGCAGUGAGGGUGAUGAACCAUCCGCGGCUUUUGCUGAUGCUGUCGUUCUACUACAUUCGGCACUGUUAUCGCUAUUUGAUCGUGCGAAUGAUUGUAUUUUGGAAGAGAACUUUGCCUUAUCCGUUGUCUUAAAUGAGGCCAUCAAUCUGUUCGUUGAUAUCUCGUCCUGCUUGAUGCCUUCACGUCAUUUGCUCGUCUGCCACCUAGCACUUGCUAUCUCCAGCUCAAUAGGCCAUCCACUAAUUGCGGCUGUGGUGGGGAGCAUAGCCAAAAGGAAGAAGCUUGUGGAUGUCUUUUUGCACAAAACCGAGUUUGCCACGUUCCCACAUCUGGCUAAGCAACUCGGCGAGCAUUUUACAAUGGAACAGCAGCAGAUAGACACUCUCACAACGCUUCCAAAUAUUCUACGGUUCCUUUAUGAGAAGUCUUUCAGCGAGUCAAGCGAUUGCUGGAAUGUGGCAAACAUCGCGCAAGACAUAGUUGUCAAACUAUCCAAGGAGCUGGCCAUUCCUGAUGUCCACAAGUCACUAGCGAGCACCAUCGUGCAAACGCCUAUAAGGUUUCGCCGAAGAAGCGCUGUCUGUGCAUGGGAUAUGUCAGAAGGAGCAACUGACGCCAUCUGUAUCCGAGUCGAAGGUGGACGCAUUUCGCUCAGAGGUGUUGGUGUUUAUCUUCAUGCGGAACAAGUAAGAAGGACUUGGCAGUGUGAGGUUCAUGUGCUUCGCGAUGGAGACCAGUUUUCUCUGUUGAGCAAGACUAGUUGUGAGCUGAGCAGUGGAGGUGCUGUAGACACUGGUGUAAUUCUUCUGCCGGAGUCAGUAACGUUAGCAGUUGGGGUGACGUACGCUAUCAAGAUCUGGACACCCGAAAAUGGGAAGACAUACUGUGGUGAAGGUGGAGUGAAUUAUAUUCGACUCAAUAAUGGAGCUCGAGUAACGUUCUCGUCUUGUCCAUUGAGUGAAAAUGGAACUUCGUUACAACGAGGGCAAAUACCAUUCUUUCUCUACUCAAUUGUGGAGACGGAAAAGGUUGACACGAGUCAAACGAAAGACGAGACCCAUAAAUCGUUUGUGCUCUUGCUUCGUCUGCUCUCCAACAAAAUUGGUGCAUUUCUCGUCAAUGGUCUCAUUCCCCAGUGUGCAAGAUCCCUGAUCUCACGUAUUGCUGGACAUGUGAUGGUGUUCAUGGAGCUACACCCAAUGAAAGCAAUGGAGAUUGCUUGUGUUUUGGAGCAGCUUAUUCCUAUGAUAUCUAACGUGAACGCGACCGUCAAGGCGAGUACUAUCAGUGAAUCAUUUGAUCACAACUCGGAAAUCUGCGAGGCAAAAACUACGCAAAUCAUCGUGGAAUGUCCCCAUCCAUAUAAGACUAACAACGUCUAUUCCGUGGUGGUGGGCUUUGAUGACAGCGUGCAUUUCCUCUGCCUGCAGUUUUCUCCAUCUUGUGAAACCGCGCAAGCCGAUGACCAGCUUAGGCUAUAUAUGGGAGUGAACAAGGAAAGCUAUGUUCCUAUAGGAAGAUAUUUUGGCUCGAAAGAUUGGCCCACGACACCUCUUCUCCUCCCUGGCAAUUCACUCUGGUUUAUCCUGGAGACUACGGUGGAAGUAGAUGGCGCGACUGCUGAGCAGAUGUAUGGUUUCCAAUGCACGGUCACCGGUUAUCCAGCUUCCCGGAAAGAGUCAAACCUUAGGCUCGAACAAGAAUUGUCCUGGUUGUCGGCUAGUGCCUGUAGGGUCAUGGUUCAGCUCCCAUCUGAUGCAUCUGCGCUAACACAUCUGUCCACUGCUGAAGAUGACACCAGAAUCUUGCUGGAAAAACACGGCUCAUUACUGAAGAAAGGACUCAGCCUUACUCAUGCUCCAACUUUGAAUGAGUUGAUACAGAAGGGCUUGCCGUCAUCUGCACAGUCUCCAGACCUCGUCUUCUUGCGAGAAUUUCUAUCCGCAUGUUCAACGUCGACUGCAGGUUUUCUGGCACGAUGGCUACCUUCAGGCCCGGUAGUAGAUCCAGCACGUUGCCAGCUCACCAUUGUGCAGACAGAUAUGGCUGUUGGCAAAGCGAUCAAGAUUCGGCUUACCACCAAGGAUCAGUUUGAUCGCGAAGUGAUGUGCACUUCCAUGUGCGUUGAAGUAUCCAUGACAGCUGGCGAUGCUUCCAUCUACGCCUCGACAAGAUUUCCCUCCGCGACUUUGCCCUCACUAGAUCUCAUCAAGAAGAAUCCGUUCCAACCAGUGCUCAUGAAUCGCUGUCGCUAUAUGUCAGUUUCUGCUAUGCCUGCCUAUCUGAACUACUCCUAUGAAGAAAUUCGUUUGGGUUUUACUAAAGCUACAGUUGUGAGAGAGAAGAUCAGCUUGAAACACAAAAAUAACUGCACCUUUGAAGGAGAGUGGACACCAUCAGUAGCCGGAAGCUAUCGCGUUGCAUGUCGUGUUGAUGGUUGUGAGCUCACGCAUAAUUAUUUGAUCGAAAUAUCAGAGAGGGAAGAGCACACAAAACGCCGAGAACAUCGCACAGCGCAGUUGAGCCGGGCUAGAAAAGCCACUAUUCCUGCUACUCUGCCUUUCCAAGCAAUUCGUAUGCGUCUGGGCACCUCGUUGACAGCACCGUGUGUCGGAACUAUUCCACGCGGCGGUACGAUUUCGUAUAUCGAGAAAAUCGAGAAUGAGGACGGGAAAUGGCUGCGACUGACCGAUGAAACCGCUGUACUGUACGGUCAUGGAAAUAUGUCUGGACAGGUAUGGUGUCUUGCCUAUCAUCAACAUCUCCAUCGUGAACUAAUUCCGAUCGCUACCGAUAUCGCGGAUAGGCUUCCGGUGAGACGACAAGAAGAUCCUCCUACUUUACAUACCUCACCUACGCAACAGAGUGUCAUCAUAGAGGCAAAUGAGACUUACGUACUUGACGCUACGCAGAGGAUACAGCUGUACAGUCGACCAUCCCCAGAUGCGCUCAUAGAAGGCGCUAUCUUGGAAGGACGCACCGAGCUGGAAGGUAGUGGAUGGGUGUCAAAUCAGCAUGGUGUCUGGGUACGGGUAGCUGAUAGCAACCAGUUUAUCCUGGCAGAGAACUCGGUUGGCCGCAGUUCCAUUCAGUCGCAGUCCCUGUCUGUCAAUGGAAAUGACGACGAAGAGCGCUCGCCACCGCCAAGACAGCAAGGUACCACUACUAUGGCCUCGGCUUUACGACCUUCCGUAGCCGAAUGCUGUCGCGCUGUAUUUGCUGCAUUUUUAUGGCACGAACACCUCGUCAAAGAUGCCAUGGCUGCCGCUGCUUACCUGAAAUUUCAUCAGCAAAAUCUGCAGAAUUUGUGGAGUAACUCCGAGGCUCGCGAGACUGCAGCUCCUGCCGCUUUACAGCCUAUAGUUCGCUUAUGGAUUGAAGUCUGUUCUGCAGUAAGGACAAGUGUUGAUCAGCAUCUUAUUGUACCACCAACUGUUGGCAAGGCCCUAGGAAGUGUGACUAGAAGGAGAGAGGCAUCUGGAGGUGGAUGUGAGCUAUGCGAUUGCAGUUUCAAAGUUCCCAUCACUGUACACAUGCGGAUGAAUCAUCCAGGAUGUGGACAAGACUCUCAAGGAUAUGGCUACAACUCUUCCGGGAAGUUCACUUCGGGAUGGUCCGGGGACUGUGGCAGCGGUGGACGAGCUGCAUCCACGUGGUAUCUCCUAUGCCCCACAUGCCGUGCCCAGUACUUACGCAAAACACCAGCCGGCUAUCGGCAGGAGAGGACACGGCGCUGGAGAGAAUUUCGGCUGUCAACAACUGCUUUCGAUUCCCGUCCAGAAAUCAUUAUGAGACAAAAUGCUAUGUUUCUUCUGGAUUUGAACUCUUCGCUAGAUUGUGAUUCUAAGGCUUCUUCCGCUGCAACAUCUGGAUGGACUAUCAACUUGUUUCCGACUCAAACACCGAGCCCAUCAGCGAUGGCCAGGAGCAAUAUCAUCGGCAAGAAAGUGGCCGAUUCUGCACUUUUCGCUCGUUCCUCGUUUCUGUCGCAGUCGUUGAGCAAAACCGGACAUGCUUCUGACCCUGGGCCAAAAGCCGUGCCUGCAUCUCCCCCUUCUGCACCCAAUCAGGCAGCCAUGGAUGCGACAAGAAGUGAUGAAGGUGAUACGAGAGAGGUCCUGCAAUCUCCAUCCGCAGCUCUACGUACUCUGAUAUCCCAUCAUACUCCUACGACUGGAGAAAUGUUGAAGCGACCUGUGCUAGCCUUUGUUGUGGAACAUCAUGAUCUAAAAAGGCUCCGCACCGCUUGUGAACAGUCGAUAGUCCGAGCAGUAGGCUUCUCCCAUGCAUUUCGGGUAUGGAACUGGUUGCUUAGAUUGGUGUCCUCUGAAACCAGUGUAUCCGACAUCAUUCUGCAGUAUCUGGCAGCUCUUUCUUCUUAUCACUCCCUUUCUGACAUAGUAACAUCUCAACCGGUACGGGUUCUUCCGCAUCCAUGGAGACUGUGCUUUUUGGCUGGACCUCUGGCUGCGAAAAUGGUACAACACCUCCACGCGUUUCUGUACACCAUUGCUGUCAUACUGCAAUCAUCGGGAGUAGAUGCGCGGUUGAGGUCUCUUUGUUUCAAAGCAUGGACAAUCCAGCUGACUGCUCACGAGCAAGAACUCCUCAUACUAACAUGUAACAUUCUCGGAACAGUGGGUGGAGUUCUGUCGGAACCCUCUAUAUCUGAAAACUGGAUUACGGAUUCCGCUGACCGUUCAGUGGCGCAAAGGACAAGUGACAGAGUGGACGUCAAGGAAACACGCGACAUAACGAGCCAUGCCCGUAUAGAGGCUAGUUCGCGACAAGCCAUGGUUGUCUGUUUGACCGACGGUAGUCCGGAAACAUUUUGGGAAAGUGGAGAGGAAGACAAAAGCCGGUCUCGCACCUUGAAUGUGACUUUUGAGAAUUGUACACCUGUGCUUCUGUGUCUAUUUAUCGACAACUCUCGCGAUGAGGCUUGCAGAACAUCGCAAAUAUCAUUUCGAGCAGCUUUAUCUGAUGGGUCACGAAGAGAUCUGCUGUCAAAAAAUUUGGAUCAAAACUUCUGUGGAUGGGUCAAAUGUUGCGUAGCUAGCGUUACUCAUGUCAGCAUCUCCCUGAAAGGUCCCCAUAAUGCAUCUCGAGUCCGUCAGCUGCAAGUGCUUGGAUUUCCCCCAGCAGGCAAUGGUGAAGUUAUACGUCCAUCGGCUUCACAUCAACUUUUCUUCAACAAUACACAGCACGACGCAUUUGCUUUAUUCCAAGCCAUUUCAGCUCAGGCUUUCUCUGGAGACAGCUGUGAGCAGCAAGAUGCACUGCGAGAAAGAGUUGUUGACCUGCUCUUCAGUCGGGUCACACUGCAACCGCUUCAGAACUAUGUCUGCAGUCAGGUAGAGGCAGCUCUGGAAAGGGAAGUGGAGCGAUUGUGUAAUCAAGGGAAGCGCAACUACUCCUACGCUGUCGGUCUAUUGACAAUGGCAAAUCGUAUGUGUGAAACACGGGCCAUCGGAAGCGGUGACUGCGACGUGGUCGCUAGACACCAAGUCCUGCAAGCUGCCAGCCGUUUGCUAGCAUUUGCCCCGGAGGCAGUUCAAACGCAAUGCCUCUCAUCACUUGGUAGUCUUCUUCCAACUGCUCGUGCAUCCACUGUUGAUGUUGGCCGUCUACUGAGGCAUUUAUUGGUGCCGGUAGCGAAGGCUUUGGUACUUCAAGUGAGAGACAAAGCAGCACAUUCUGUGUCUACGGCUACCAUGAACAGCUGCUUGACGAACGCUCCCACCAGCUGGAGGACCGAUCGAGCUGUGUCGCCUGAGAUUGGUAAAAUGACUGCACAAUUUAUCAGCGAUGUCUGUUCGGGUGCUUUCAACGAAGACUGGUCCGUGUGCAUGCGUCGAGAACUGGCGACUGCGCUCUUGGGUGUCGUACAGCUGACAACGUCAUUAUCAAAAUCUGGUUCCCGAGAAAGUAUGAAUAAGGAGUCUGUGCCAUCUAUAUUAAACUCGAAAAGGUUCUGGCUCUCAGUUGCUGCUUUGGCUCUUGUUCGUGAUCGCUCAUGGUUGGCCCUGAGUGAGAAAUGGAAUGAUGUGCCUACUCCAAGUCAAGAACCGGUGACUUUAUGUGAGAACCACGAUGACGGCAUGACUCCAGCUCAGGUUUUCUGCUCGGAUUGUGAAUGUGCCCUGUGUCGGGAGUGCUUUGCUGUCAUGCAUUUGCAAAAGCGAAAGCGGUCACAUCGUGUCACCUCACUGGCACCACCUCCGGCUCGUUUAGAAGAGAUUGACAUUCAUCAGGGGUGCGCUAGAAUGAGAGUUGCGAAUCUUUUGAUAUUGUUCCAUGGAGAAUCUCUGAAUGGCUUAGUGGAGCUACCAGCCGAUCCUUUUUUCGCUUUGACCAACGCAGCAAAUUUGUCGGCAGGAAGAUCGACACCGACAGUUUGUAGAUUCUGUGGGAACACCUUAGAUCCGCAUAAUCAGUUCGUUGGCGUUUGCUCGCAUCCUGACUGUGUAAAAUUUUCUGCCACUGCUUGUUGUCGGACACUAUCAUGUGGACAUCAGUGUGGAGGAAUUGUUGGCGAAACUCAAUGCCUACCCUGCCUUAUCUGCGCCAGUGAAGGGACAGCCCAAGACGGUGAUGAUGUUUGCGUCGUAUGUUUCACGGAUCGGCUGUGUGCUGCACCAUGUGUGCAACUUGGCUGUGGUCAUGUGCUUCAUUAUCACUGCGUUCGAGCUGUGUUGGAAAAACGAUGGCCUGGACCAAGAAUACAGUUCCGCUUCAUGAAUUGUCCGCUAUGCAAUGUACCGAUUUCGCAUCCUGGUCUUGCUGAUCUCCUCGAGCCACUACUGGCACUUAAAGCUGACGUAACAGCGAAGGCGAAGAUGCGCUUGGAGUUUGAUGGUUUGUUGGGCUGCACAGCUCUAACCGACCCACAGAGUGAGUACUUCGAAAAAGCAGAGGAGUACGCGAUGGAUCGUUACAUGUACGUCCUAUGCAGCGUUUGCAACAAAGCAUAUUUUGGAGGAGAAAGUCGUUGUCAGAUAGCACUACAAUCAUUUCAAUACAACGCUGCUGAGCUUGUAUGUGGUGGCUGUUCGGCUCCAGCUGGGACUGAAGUGUGCGGCCGACAUGGAGCAGAAUAUCUCGAGUACAAAUGUCGGUACUGCUGCUCUAUAGCCGUGUAUUUCUGCUUCGGUACGACACAUUUUUGUGCAGCGUGUCACGACGACUUCCAACGCCUGGUAUGCCUUCCCAGAAAUCAGUUUCCACCCUGCCCGACAGGUCCCCGUGCUACGCCUGGUGAGGGUCCAUGUCCUCUUCGGCGACCUCAUCCACCCGCUGGCGAAGAAUUCGCGCUUGGAUGUGGCAUAUGCCGCAACUUAAGCACGUUCUAGGCACAAAUUUCUUGCCUUCUAGAGUCUAGGCUCUCAGUUCUAGGUCUCCAGUUAUCGUUCCCUAUAUAGCAUCUCAUCCUUGUUUUCUUCACCAAAGCGUACAACUCGUUUUUCACUUUUCUACCCUCGAAGUACAUGUUGUGAUGUGCAUUUUGUGUUCAUUCUAUCUGUUGAUCAUUGAUAACGGUUUCAUUGUAUAUCUUCGCAUAUUGAUCUCAUCAUGUAUAAGAUUUUCUCACGGGUUUAAUUUAUGAUACAUUCGCUCUGGUCUUCUCACAAAUAAAUUUUCUUGUUGA